CUGGAGUUCUGGAUGAUUGCUUGUGUGAUAUCAACAGCAUUGAUAACUUCAACAACUAUAAGAUCUUCCCCAAAAUGAAAAAACUGCAAGAGCGAGAUUAUUUCCGUUAUUACAAGGUUAAUCUGAAGCGACCAUGUCCUUUCUGGGCAGAAGAUGGACAUUGUUCGAUAAAGGACUGCCAUGUGGAGCCCUGUCCAGAGUACUUGAAAGUGGCAAAUAAUACCAAAGAAUUAGAAGAUUGUGAGCAAGCUAAUAAGCUGGGAGCAGUUAACAGCACAUUAAGUAAUCAAAGCAAAGAAGCUUUCAUUGACUGGGCAAGAUAUGAUGAUUCACAGGAUCACUUUUGUGAACUUGAUGAUGAGAGAUCUCCAGCGGCCCAGUAUGUGGACCUGUUGCUGAACCCGGAGCGGUACACUGGCUACAAGGGGCCCUCUGCCUGGAGAGUGUGGAACAGCAUCUAUGAAGAAAAUUGUUUCAAGCCUCGGUCUGUUUAUCGCCCUUUAAAUCCUCUGGCACCCAGCCGAGGUGAAGAUGAUGGAGAAUCAUUCUAUACAUGGCUAGAAGGUUUGUGUCUGGAGAAGAGAGUCUUCUAUAAGCUUAUAUCAGGACUUCAUGCUAGUAUCAAUUUACAUCUAUGUGCCAAUUACCUUCUGGAAGAAACCUGGGGUAAACCGAGUUGGGGACCUAAUAUCAGAGAAUUUAAACACCACUUUGACCCUGUAGAAACCAAGGGAGAAGGUCCUAGAAGGCUUAAGAAUCUUUACUUUUUAUACUUGAUUGAGCUGCGAGCUUUGUCAAAGGUGGCCCCCUACUUUGAACGCUCCAUUGUCGAUCUUUACACUGGAAACACAGAAGAAGAUGCGGACACCAAAACCCUUCUUCUGAGUAUCUUUCAAGAUACAAAGUCCUUCCCCAUGCACUUUGACGAGAAAUCCAUGUUUGCAGGUGACAAAAAGGGGGCGAAAUCACUAAAGGAGGAAUUCCGGUUACACUUCAAAAAUAUCUCCCAUAUUAUGGACUGUGUUGGAUGUGACAAAUGCAGAUUAUGGGGGAAGUUACAAACUCAAGGUUUAGGAACUGCCUUGAAGAUACUAUUCUCUGAAAAAGAAAUCCAAAAGCUUCCAGAGAACAGUCCUUCUAAAGGCUUCCAACUCACGCGUCAGGAAAUAGUUGCUCUUUUAAAUGCUUUUGGAAGGCUUUCCACAAGUAUAAGGGAGUUACAGAACUUUAAAGUCUUACUACAACACAGUAGCCUACAGGUGCAGCCCUUUCCUCCACAAGGCCCCUCCAGGUUAACAGUCUUACCUUCCCUGAAGUCCCUGAGGGGCAAUGUUCCAGGCAAGGUCAUCGUCGCUAUCAUAUCUUCGAGGGUUGUCAAAGAAGUACGAUCUGGGACUGAAUCCGUGGCUGGGGACUAUCCCAGGACUGGUCUGGAAAGACAGGUGAGCACUGGGCAUACUUCCAGGCACUUUGCCUUGCCACAGAGACUAAAAACGUCCUCCCCACCUGGACAGAAUUUGCUGCUUUCACCUGGAGUGUUCUUUUGUUUUAACAGGAUUACCCUCUCUUCCAGUCUUGCUUGCAACAACAAAUCAUUUUAAUUCUUCACUGAAAGAUUCCCAAAUUAGGCAAAGUAAAGUAGAUAGUGCAGUGUGAGCAUUUAUAACAAAAAAAAUUUAAAGGUGAUAUCACUUGGGGAGCUGCCUGUUUUCAGAUCCUAGCUCUGUAAUUGUUUAACGCUGUGUCUGCCCCCUCAAAAAUUUCCAAGGUACAGUGCUUGGAUUUCCUCCUGGGCCACGGCUCAUCUCUGCUGGGGGGCCGCAGGCCAGGCUGUGCCCCACCCCCACUGGUCCAGUCUCAUCACUUUCUAUUCCUGCCUCAGUAGUGACUACCCAGAGAAGAAGAAGAAAACAAGAUAAAACAGCAUGCCCACAUUAGCUGGGUGUAAACUAAGAACUGCGACUUGUUUGGCAGCUCCUCAUAUGCUUCCCACACUGCCCGUGUGGGCCAAAAUUCACCAAAUUCACCAACUCCUUUGGUAGCUCACACAUCAGUCAAAAUUCUUCCACCAGUUUGUGUGGCUAGAAUUCUCUGUAGCGCAACUCCCAGGAGUUUUUGCACUCUGGCUGCUUUUGCAUAUCCUGUCCUGCUCCUGUAAAUCAUUUAGGGAAAUGACUGAGCUGAAUUCAGGUAAUAGGAGAAGGUUUGAAACACCAAACAGCGGAGAGAAUUUACCGCACUCUCCCCAGUACUAUUUUUACUUCCUUGUCAUCCCAUUCACCACCCAGCAUGCUAUAGGGGCAGAGAACUAAAUUACCAUUCUCCACUGUUCUUUGCUAGAAGAAAACCUUAUCUACUUGGUGCACAGUAAGCUGAGCCUCAAAUACUAGUGAGGCUGUUCCAUUAACUGUUUAACAAUAAAGUGGUUAAUUAUUUUCCCCAGGCCCGAAGAUGCAUUUUACUUUCAUUUCUUUUGUAAAAUAAAGCU